AUGGUUCUCGAACAGAAGAUGUCAUCACCAGCAGAAGAACGCUCCAAUAUUAUGGAGGAAAGCACGGGAAUAGAACCUGUUCUGCAGCAGCCAGCUGCUUCGCGCUGGAGACGAGUCUUUGGAGGUAAAGCCAAGGAAGAGCCUGAGUCUAGCGAGAAUCAGACUUAUCGCGCCAAAUCAACCCUGGGUAUCCUAAGUGACAAAGAGACAGACGAAGUUCCUGGAACGGUACUUCUCUUAUCGUCAAAUCGAAAUGAGCCCCUGGGAAUGAGACACCAACCGCAUCGGACAUCAACAUCAUCUAUAACCUCAUCUUAUCGCCCCUCGCGAUCUAAUUCUCGAACCAGGUCGGCGAUUCCAACGAAGAGAACAGCGGACGGACAAUUUGUGCUUGAUCCUCAACCGGAUGACUCAGUAAAUGACCCUCUGAACUGGCCUGUGUGGCAACGAGAUGCCGCAUUGGUCUCGCUAGGCUUUUAUUGCUUGAUGGGAGGUGGCAUGACCCCAAUCUUGGCAGCUGGAUUCAACAAUGUUGCAAAGGAGUACGAUGUCAGCACGCAACGAGUGGCUUUCACUACCGGGUUCUAUAUGUUAGGCCUGGGCCUGGGGUCUGUCGUGAUGUCGCCCACGGCCAUUUUAUACGGGAAGCGACCAGUAUACCUCUUGGGAGCGACCCUGUUCGUGAUCUCAGCAAUUUGGUGCGCAGCGUCACCCAACUACCCGAGUCUCGUGGUCGCUCGUAUUUUCCAAGGUUUGGCCGUGAGCCCAGUCGAGUGUCUUCCAUCUGCUACAAUUGCAGAGAUCUACUUCUUGCACGAAAGAGCCUACCGGGUGGGCAUCUAUACACUCUUGCUACUAGGUGGUAAGAAUCUGAUCCCCCUAGUGAGUGCCGCUAUCAUCGAAGGACUGAGUUGGCGCUGGGUAUUUUGGAUCGUCGCCAUGAUCGUAGGCAUGUGUCUAGUUUUGCUUUUUUUCUUCGUCCCUGAAACAUUUUGGGAUCGCACACCCCGUCCGCGUGUGCACAAGAAUAAGAGCCCACGCAUCACUGGCCAUAGUGUCUCUGACCUCAUUUCCCACGGCUUGCGCGGACGGCGCCCGAAUGUCCAACCCCAGGGCGAGUCCGCCGAUCACAUCCAUUCAAACCCAGCAUUGGCACCGAAAAAGUCCAAGCAUACGCACGUUGGAUUCGCGGAUGACCACCCAGAAGGCAGCGAUCAGGCAGUUGAGACUGAAAAGUCCGAUUUCAUUCCCGAAACUGGCAAUGCUACCAAUGGCGAUCAAAUCAUUACACAGCCGCCGAGUCCAGCCAACGAGAAACGCGAUGACUUCCUCCAACCACUACCUCAAGCUCUUGUGCCCGGCGCGCAUCCAGAUGACCUGGAAAUGGGUCGACCGGCCGCUGUAACACCCGCGAGGACCGAGUCACUAGAGCCAGCUGGGACACCGCUGCCCGCAACCCUACUGUACACAAACCGACUCCGUGAACGCCCGAAAAUCCCUUACUCUCAAUUACUGCGAGUCUGGAACGGACGAAUCGCGCAGGAUAGCUGGUACCGCGUCGCCGUGCGACCAUUUGUUCUAUUUGCCUAUCCAUCCGUCCUCUGGUCCACAGUGGUAUACUCGUUAUCGGUCGGCUGGCUGAUCGUGCUUUCGGAGUCGGUUGCACACAUCUUCGAGGGCAAAGAGCACUACCAUUUCACCGCGCUACAGACAGGUCUGGUGUACAUAUCACCGUUUGUUGGCGGUCUCCUGGGAACUGCAGUGGCGGGCAAAGUAUCAGACAUGAUUACGCGGUAUCUGACCAGACGUAAUGGCGGCAUCUACGAACCUGAAUUCCGUCUCGUCAUGGCGAUUCCUAUCGCAUUGUCAACCGUUAUCGGUUUGAUGGCCUUUGGGUGGAGUGCUGAGAUCGGGGACUCUUGGAUUGUCCCGACUAUUUUCUUUGGUUUGAUUUCGUUUGGUUGCUGCCUGGGCAGCACGACGGCUAUCACAUUUUGUGUAGACAGCUAUCGCCAGUAUGCUGGCGAGGCGCUAGUAACACUGAACUUUAGUAAGAAUAUCCUCCACGGCCUGGUUUUCUCCCUUUUCAUUGUGGACUGGCUCGAUGCUGAUGGUUCACGCACUGUGUUCCUGUCUAUCGGCGGUAUACAGCUUUUCUUCAUGCUCAUGUCGAUCCCCAUGUACAUCUAUGGCAAACGAGCUCGCAUGUGGACGGUGCGUCAGCGGCUCAUGGAACGUCUUUAA